AUGUUAGUGCUGCUGCCGGUCUACCUGUUCUUCCUCACUGGGAUCAGCAGGGCUCAUGCCAGGCCCUGGAGGCCAUGCACAGAUCUCACACCUCUUGACCUUCUGGCCCGAGUGCUUCCAGGGCAUGGGAAGACUAUCCCUGGGUUGCGCAUGGUCCAAUAUAAGGGCGCCCGGGGUCUCCAGCUGGCAGGGCCCCAUCGAGACCUCAGCUUCCCAGCCUCUCAGCUCUUUGUCAACUGUGACUUCUUCCCUCAGGAGUUCUCCAUCGUGGUCACGCUCAAAGUGUCCCACAUGGCAGGGAAGAAGAAUGAGUACAUCUUCACAUUGUUGGAGGAUGCCUCAGGUAGGAUGCUGCUGGGGCUGCGGUUCUCCCAGGAGAAGCUUCACCUGCUGUUUCUGGGUCAGCGAGGCAUAGAGAGGGUCACACUGAAGGCGGUGUGGCUGGCUGACAAUCGCUGGCAUACACUGGUACUGGCCACAGCAGGCUGCCACACCACCCUGACCAUGGACUGUGGAGUCCCGCUGGAGACUGUGCACAAGAGGCCGUUCCCAGUUGCUCUCAACACCGAGGGGUCCCGCUUCUACGUCGGCAGUCGGAAACGAUGGAAAGGCUCCUUCUCAGGGUUGCUACGACAGCUGGUUCUGUUGCCUGGAUCUGACGCUACCUCACGGGUCUGCCCUUCCUCAGAGCCUGAACUCGCUGCGCUCUCAGUCCCCAGGCCCCUGCUCGGCCUGCCCAUCUUGCCCCCCAGAAAUGAAGUCAUGAUAUAUCCGUAUGAGGCUGAGGUGCGUGUGACGCUGGGAACGCGGCCGCCCUGCACUGAGUUGGAGCGAGGCCAGCUGUGGUUCGACACCCUCAAGAGAGGUCUUUUCCUUUGUGAUGGUGAGGCCUGGGCUUCCAUGCUGGAGGAAAAACAGAGGCUGGACUAUGUGGAAGACUACCAGGACAUAUACACCAACUCUGAGACGUUUGACGUGGAAGUUUUCCGGAUCCCAUCUGUGGGGCUUUUUGCUGCAACAGCCAACAGGGAGGCCAAGCCUGGUUCUGGAAUAUACAAGUGGAAUGAUGGGAAGUUUGAACUCUACCAGAACAUCAAUACCUUUGAAGCUUUGGCAUGGAAAUACUUCACUGUCGGCAACAAGAUGUUCCUAGCUGUGGCCAACUCUAGAGGGCAGGACAAGGGGGGGCAGGAGCUGUCCAUCAUCUACAAGUGGAGCCCCCAAAAGCUGCGUUUCCUACGCUACCAGAUGCUAGAGACACACUGCGCUCGCGACUGGGAGGCUUUUCAUAUCCAGGAUGAGACGUUCCUUGCUGUAGCCAACCAUAGACAAGGAGACAACAACCAUAAUAUCGACAGUGUGAUCUACAAAUGGAACCCAGGCACCAAGGCCUUUGAGGUCAAUCAAACCAUUGAAACCUCAGGGGCCUACGACUGGGAGUUCUUCACCGUGGGACCGUAUCACUUCUUGGUGGUGGCAAACACCUUCAAUGGAGUGACCACACAAGUUGACUCUACUAUAUACAUCUGGUUGAGUGGCAGGUUUCAGCCCUUUCAAGCAAUCACUACUUUUGGGGCCACAGACUGGGAGAUGUUCCAGAUAGGCAGCAGAGUCUUCUUGGCUGUGGCCAACAGUCAGAAGCUGUAUGAGACAGGACCCAGCAUCUAUGCCAUCAACUCUACCAUCUACGAGCUCAACACAACGACCAAGACCUUCCUCAAGUUCCAGGACAUUGUCACAUACAGCGCGGUGGACUGGGAGUUCUUUACACUGGGGGAUGAGAAGUUCCUCGUGGUGGCUAACUCUUAUGAUGGAACAUCCUACUCUUUGAACAGUGUCAUAUACAGGUGGCAGGGCUAUGAGGGGUUUGUGCCAGUCCAUCAGCUUCCGACCAUCGGCUGCAGGGACUGGGAGUUCUUCACCUCCGCAGAGGGUGUCUAUCUCAUGUACUCCAGCGCCAGAGAGCCUCUGUCCAAGGUCUUUAAGCUGAAGACCUAUUGA